AUGGCCAAGCAACCGAACGACGACGACGACGAUUCCUCCAUCUCUUCUUCAUCCUCAUCUUCCUCGGAUGAUGAUUCGACAGAAGAGCAGCUACAGCGAAUGGAGGAGAAGCUUCGUCGUGGCGGACAAAAAGACGAAGAAUCGAAUGCACCGAGCGACUUGGAUUCCAUCGGCUCGGAAGCCUACAAGGCCAUUGACGACCUCAUCGAGCGGCACAGCAAAGAUCCGACAUCUUUGGUAAACGAACAAGACAGUGUGAAGAACAAGAUGCCAGUAGUCGAAGUCAAGGUGGAAAAUUCGAGCAUCGGUGACAGCGACGAUACAUCUCUUGCCGAGUCGGAGGACCACGAAAGACGUAGCUCCACUUCCACAGCGAAGAAGAGUGCUUCUUUAUUCUCUAGAAACGGACACGGUGACUCUGUAGAGUCGCCUUCCCCUAGUCCACCGCAGCCCAAGGCACCCCACUACCUCGGCGGUCGUCAAAUCGGUACGAGCGCAACUGCUCCGCGCGAUUCGACGUCUACUUCCAGCGCAUCGUCGUCGGACUCCAGUGCGUCGCCAUUUCUCGGGUCUACUCCUACCGGUACAGGACGAUCCACUGGAAAUCAAACGUAUCCGAAGCAUGGUACAAUCGGACUUGCAAAAGGCGACAAGAGCGCUACUGCUGCUCGUCCUACGACGAUCAAAACAAGAGUCAACCCCUACAAGAAGACCACGUCCACUCCCAAAGCAGCGGGCACUGCUUCUGUGCGAACGCCUCCCAAUGCCUCUAAUGCUGCUACAGCUACGCCAGAUUCAGAGAUUCUCCUAACGCCGUACACACCGAGUCCGAGGGCCAGCCCAAGUACUAAACGACGUCUUCAGGCUACUGAAAAAGAAUCGUCCGCCAGCAAGAAACCUACCAACGGGGCAGAAACGACGGCUCAAAAUGUGAUCGACUUGGUGGACGCGACCGAAGACGACGCGGACAACCUUACUACCGGUAGCAAGGCACAAGCCAACGACGGAGAUUUCCCAAUGAUGUUCGACGUGAAUGGCUCUGAUGAUGAUGACACUGAUGAUGACGAUGUACAGCCAGUUGCAGCCAAAACCAACCACGGUGCAGCAAAGAAAGCAGAUUCCCGUUUCUUUCGUAAAGGUGAUGCCGGGAGUAAUACCGGAAUUGGUGGCAGCAGUAGCAACACAAAAAGCAACAAGGAUGUCGACAAGACGACUCGGAAGGACGAUAGCCCCGAACGCUCAGGAUUUGACGAUGGAAAUGGCAUCCUCGAUUUUGCAUCUAUGAACGACGCAAAGAUCAGGGAAAUUGAUCCGUCUCUCUACGUUCCAACAACUCACGAGUCAAGUCCGGAUCCCAUAGUGCAUUCCUUCAACGUUCACAAUCGACCCAUGAAUACUCGAAAGCGGACCCCAGUCGAGCAAGUGUUCCCACCGCACAUUGCCAAGUUCUGGAAGUGCAAAUUCCAUGCCUUCAAUCAUCUUCAAUCGGAGGUUGUAAACGUCCUGGCCAACAGCAACGACCAAGUUCUUGUUUCCUCUCCAACGGGCUCGGGAAAGUCCACCAUCUUCGAGAUCGCCAUGGCACGGCUCAUCUACAUCGACCUGUUGAAUCAACCAAAAGUUGCACAUCGUCCAUCCUUCUUGAGCAGGCAUCGAAAAAUGGUCUACGUCGCUCCAAGCAAAGCCCUUUGUGAAGAACGAUACAACGAUUGGAAUACACGACUGUCAGCUCUCGGCAUUGGCAUUUCAGUUGCAAUGAUCACUGGGGAUGAUAAGGAACCUGGAGAUUCCUACCGAAACCUUGCCGAAUCUCAGCUGAUUGUCACCACGCCGGAGAAGUUUGAUAGCAUGACAAGGCGAUGGACGGAAAACUUUUAUCUAUUUGCAACGAUCAAGCUAUUCAUGGUGGAUGAGGUACACAUGGUGGGGGAUCCUAGCCGUGGAUGGUGCUUGGAAGCGAUCGUUUGCCGCAUGAAGACCAUUCAAAGGGCCGCAAGGAACGUGGCGGUGACACAUGAAGAACUCCUCAUGUCAAGCUAUCCACAUACAACCCCUGAGGCAAUCGCAUCGUCCUUCAGAUUUGUUGCCGUCUCUGCGACCUUGCCGAACAUCCAAGAUUGCGCCUCCCUGCUUUCAGCGUCCGAAUGCUAUACUUUUGAUGCAAGUUACCGACCGGUACCAUUGACGAUGCAUAUUGUGAAUCUUGGCACUAUUGGCAAGAACGAGUUUCAAUUUUGGAACACCGUUCACCAUCGAGUCCCUGGGUUGAUCCAGAAAUACUCCAACAAAAAGCCGACGAUUGUGUUCUGCCACAGCAAGAAGGAUACUGAGAAGCUAGCGUCAUUCUUGGCACAAGCCAAGGGGGUCGGAUUCUCUCACGGCACAGUCAAGGCAAAAGUUGCGUCGCAAACAAGAAACACCCAACUCCAACGUUGUCUACUGGAAGGGGUUGCUUUCCACCACGCAGGUCUCGAGGCUGGCGACCGAAAAGUCGUCGAAAAGGGGUUUGCCGAAGGUGACAUUCGUGUGCUCUGCGCCACUUCGACAUUGGCUCAAGGAGUGAAUCUCCCGGUUCAUCUCGUAAUCAUAAAAGGCACCACUGCUUGGCGAGGAAGUGGAUGCGGCUACCAGGAUAUUGAUGCGGCCAGCAUCUUACAGAUGGUUGGAAGAGCCGGAAGGCCGGGCUUUGACACCAGUGGGACUGCCGUCAUCAUGACAGACAACAAGUCCAAGGCUCGCAUUGAAAGACUAUCAGGCGGGCUCGGUCCUGCCGAAAGUCAAUUGGAACGAAAGCUGAUUGAGGUCAUCAACGCAGAGAUCUCACAGCAAGUGAUCUGCAGCCCCUCAACUGCCCUCAAUUGGUUGAGGGGCACGCUGUAUUACGCCCGCGCGAGAAAGAAUCCUUCUCUGUUUGGCCUGCAUGAUACUUCGAUUCAGUCCUUCGAUGCUUUCUUGCUCGAGAAGUGCGAAGAGAAACUGCGAAAGCUCCAUCUUUUACGAUUCAUUUGCUGGAACCAGCAGCAAAACAUUACGCCCUUGCCAGCAUGCCAUAUUAUGGCGUCAGGCCUGGUCGGCUUUGAGGCUUCCGAGAUCAUGGCAGGGAUUCCCUUUGAUAGCUCGUUGCGACAAAUUCUGCUUUCCAUUUGCGGGAUUGAAGACUUGCAGCGGCCUCUCCGAAGAAACGAGAAAGCCAAGCUGAAUGAAGCCCACAAGAAUAUCAGGUUCAAGCUGGAGGGUCAACCCAGCAAGGUCAGGGUCCAAACCGCGGAGCAAAAGGCCUUCGUGAUGCUCCAGGCUCAUAUCGGGCAGCACCGUUUUGACGAUUACUCUCUUUUCCAAGAGACAGAAGCCAUGGUUCAAUACUCCUCACGGAUGUUGUCGGCACUUGAAGAAUAUAGUGCGAAAGGGAGCCGGAAUGGCCACGUCGCCGCGCAAAGUCUGAAGCUUCGACGAUCACUUUUUUGGAGUCUAUGGCGUGAGAGCGAUGGCGCUCUCAAACAGAUCAAAAAUGCUCCCAUGGUCGCCCUUCGAAUGCAUGGCAUCGUGACGUUUGAUGAUGUUGAAAAGUCAACAGCUUCGGAGCUUGAGAAAGCAUCCAAUCGACCCCCUCCUUUUGGCUCCACGCUUCGCGCUGAAGUUGCCAGAGCCAUGCAGCAGAGACUCAAAGUCUCCGCACGCGUCGUCUAUGGAGCGGACGGGGAAUCGGCGGGCCACAUCGAGUGCAAACUCGAAGGACAACCAGGCAGUGCGACAGCAUCCGAACAUACAUCAUCGGAAGAUUGUGCACUGACGUACACGUUGAUUGCGUACACAGAUAGACCAGGGGGUUGUUUGAUCUUCCUCGAAAACGUAUUCAAACCAGAUGUCCUGCUUCUGCGGUGUCCCAGCAGCUUUGGUUUGGUGGUCAUUCAGCUGAUUGCUUCCAUGGUUGGGUUCGACGAAAAAGUUGAGGUGAGAGGCAACAAUAGCAUCAAUCCUUGUUCCUACACAACACACAAGUCCAAAGGUAUAGCCCCGGUCUUUGACAGGCAACCAAAGGCCAAGAGACAGUCAACGAUCCGAAAUCUGAUGUCGUCUACCGGCAACAAAUCCCAACAGUCAAAAUCAAAACCCAGUGCUUCAUCUCGGAAAGACCCGUCGAUCGACUUAGGGACGGAUGCGAAGAGGCGUCGGCUGAUGGACAAUGCGGAUCACUCUUACUCGACACAGAGGACUUCAAGCCACCUGGCAAUAGGUCCCCAGCGUCAACCAUCGCCACAAGCAGAAGAAACUCCUCAGCUCGUGAAUCCAAAUCCAGCAAGAGCGAAUAUGUCGGGUCAGACCAUUGAAACCGCAAACGUGAAUGGGUGGGCCCACCAACCUAUGCAACCAAAGGCUCGCUCUGAUAGUCAUCCAGGAGCUCCACCGAACGAAAGCCCGACAAUUUCGCCUCCAAUGGACCAAACCUCUCAAAUUUUCAGUCGCCAUCCAGGAGCCCCACCGGGCGCAACCACGAGAAUUUCGCCUCCAAUGGGCCAAACCUCUCAACAUUUCAGUCGCCAAGCUAGAACCCCGAACGUGUCAUCGAUGCCCGCUUCUGCCGCGUCAAUGCAUCGACCCGGGAUGAACGCCACCGCUCAGCGACGUUCGGUACAAGAUCGCCCGUCACGUAGAUUGACACAAUCGCCUUUCCCGAAUGGGCCCUCAAUGACAGCUCAUCCUCCGAAUGGGCCAUCGCAAGCGACACCACUCUAUCCACAAGCAAAUACUAGGUCGCCUGCCUCACAAACACGUCGGGGAGGAACUCAAGCUCGAAGAGUUUCCCAAGCGAGCUCUGCUGGCAUCCGGCCGUCGCAGUCACCACAUGCCAGCCAAUCCAUCAGCAGCCGGCAGUCCAACUCUUGGCGAAAAGAGAAACGUCAACAGGUCAACUCGCAAGAGAGGGCUUUCACAAAGAAGAAUCUGAACCCAUUCAAAAUAUUCAGCCAUGACCCGAACGAUGCUGAAGGAUUCCUGGACAAUCUCAACAACAACAACGAGAACCGGGAAAACAGUCUCAUCCCCCAGCAAGAGCGUGAAGUGAUGCGUCGGGAGAGUGCCUUGCAAAGGCCAAAUGGUCUCAUCCCUCAAAGGUUCACCAGUGAACCGAGGCGAAGGAGACAGGGCCGCAAAUUCCAAGAGAACAUCUCUGAACAGGAAUUGUUAGCCCGGAAGAAUGAGGAAACCAACGCGUUCUUUAGCGACACGGCACGAAGAUCCAUGCCGUCCAGACGAGUUUCGCCGAUCCCACCUCCUCGACUCCACCAACAAAACCUGAUGGCUCCCCCCUCCAGAACACCUGGAAACUUGAGCGUUGUGACAACUGAUCAUGACCAGCAGCAUCAACCUGCCUGGAGUGGACCACAAGAGGUCGUUGCUGGACGCCAGCAUGGCCAUGCCAAUGCCAAUUCAUGGCAACAGCAACAAGAUCAGUUCCUUUCGUACGACGGCUUUGGCGGUGUUGGUAUUGGCGGCGAUCCCUUUGACGGUGAUGGUCCAUGGGACGAGACGGCGCAGUGGGAUCCAAAUGAGACAAACGAGAAUUGGGAGACGUUUGGAGGUCAGAGUGCUCAAGUGGCACAACCAGGAAUGGGUCCCUUCAAUCGAUAUCAACCAAUGGUUCAAGACAGUCAGUACGGCCCUGGUCCCAAUAGUCGACAACCGAAUCCCCUGCGACAUCAGCAUCAAUUCCAGUCCCAACUACAGCCUCAGCAUUCUCAAGGGACUGCCAAUUCAUUCAACAAUCCAGGUUUCUUCAGUGGACCAGCGCUGGGUGGUGCUUCUCGUCCACUUGAAAACAGAGGUUUCAUGCCACCUGCAGCAACGAUGCAUGGUCAACAACCACUGCGAGAUCAUUCCAUGCAGCAGCAGCAAACACAGCAACCCGGCUACAUUGGAGGACCUGAAGGAGGAGCGGCCAAUGAUGAUGGCUUUGAGGAUGCUUUCUUCUAA